CUUCACCGCCAAAUUCGGAGGGCAUUUGCGUCAUUUCAUACACACCUAUCGCUAAUCCCUCUCCUUCCGUCUUCAUAAGUCCCUUCCAAGAGACACAUCAAAGCUCAAACACACAUACUCACUCAUUCUUCUCACAAGAAAAAUAAAAACAGUUAUAGAGAGAAAAAGAGAGAGAUAAUAAAACAGUUAAAUAGAGAGAGCAAUGGCAGCUUCCGACGGAAGCGAGUACUUUGAAAUAGGUUCGAUCGGUAGCGAGAGUUUUGCAAGAGCCUCGAAUGCCGAUACUGUGGAGGAAGAUGAAGAGGAGCUUCAUUGGGCGGCGCUUGCUCGUUUACCGUCGCAGAAGCGCAUCAACUACGCGGUUCUCCGCGCUUCCUCUUCCCGUCGUCAACCUACGCCGGAAAAUGCUAGCCCCGAUAACUUAGUCGAUGUCAGAAAACUUAAUCGGCUCAACCGUGAACUCGUCGUUAAGAAGGCUCUCGCCACCAAUGCUCAAGACAACUACGCUCUCCUCUCGGCCAUCAAAGAACGCCUCGACAAGGUUGGAAUUGAGGUGCCGAAGAUUGAAGUGAGGUUCACGAAUCUGACCAUUAGUGCUGAUGUUCUAAUGGGUUCUCGAGCUUUGCCUACUCUGAUCAAUUACACUCGCGACGCCUUAGAGUGUAUCCUAACGAAGUUGGGAAUAUUUCGACCCAAACGGCAUGCACUUACUAUUUUGGAUAAUGUCAGUGGCGUCAUCAAACCUGGAAGGAUGACUUUGCUACUUGGACCUCCAGGUUCGGGGAAAUCCUCUUUACUUAUGGCUCUCGCUGGCAAGCUUGAUAGCAACCUCAAGAAAACUGGUGGUAUAACAUACAACGGCCAUGAGAUAGAUGAGUUUUUUGUUAAAAGGACUUCUGCAUAUAUUAGCCAAACAGAUAAUCACAUUGCAGAACUGACAGUGCGAGAAACUCUGGACUUUGGUGCUAGAUGUCAAGGUGCACAAGAAGGUUUUGCAGCAUAUUCAAAAGAUCUGGGCCGCCUAGAGAAAGAAAUGAACAUACGGCCUAGUCCAGAAAUUGAUGCGUUUAUGAAGGCAUCCUCUGUCGGGGGUAAAAAGCACAGUGUGAACACUGAUUACAUUUUGAAGGUUCUUGGUCUCGAUGUAUGUUCAGAUACAGUUGUUGGUAGCGAUAUGCUCAGGGGAGUCUCUGGGGGCCAAAGAAAGAGAGUUACAACAGGAGAAAUGAUUGUUGGUCCAAGAAAAACACUAUUUAUGGACGAAAUAUCAACAGGGCUUGAUAGCUCUACUACAUUCCAGAUAGUGAAAUGCAUAAAGAAUUUUGUUCAUCAGAUGGAGGCUACAGUACUCAUGGCUCUCCUUCAGCCAGCCCCUGAAACAUUUGACCUAUUUGAUGAUCUGGUGCUUCUGUCGGAAGGUCAUGUGGUAUAUGAAGGCCCUCGAGAAGAUGUGCUUGCGUUUUUUGAGUCAUUAGGUUUUCAACUUCCACCACGUAAGGGGAUCGCAGACUUCCUUCAGGAGGUUACUUCCAAAAAGGAUCAAGCACAAUACUGGGCUGAUCCUUCUAAACCAUAUGAGUUUAUCUCCGUUCGUGAGAUUGCUGAAGCCUUUAGAAAUUCUAGAUUUGGAAGGUAUAUGGACUCCUUGCAGACUCAUCCAUAUGAUAGAUCAAAGUGCCAUCCUUCAGCUUUGGCCCAAAGCAAAUAUGCCGUGUCAAAAUGGGAGGUCACAAAAGCAUGCUUUCAGAGGGAAGUCCUUUUGAUUGGAAGACAUAAAUUCCUUUAUAUUUUUAGAACCUUCCAGGUUGCUUUUGUUGGAUUUGUCACAUGUACAGUAUUCGUGCGAACAAGGUUGCAUCCUACAGAUGAGGCUUACGGGAACCUUUAUCUUUCUGCUCUAUUUUUUGGGCUUGUUCACAUGAUGUUUAAUGGGUUUUCUGAAUUACCUAUGAUGAUAACCCGGCUCCCAGUAUUUUACAAGCAAAGAGAUAAUUUAUUCUACCCUGCAUGGGCAUGGUCUUUUACCAGUUGGGUUCUCCGUGUACCUUACUCCAUUAUUGAGUCUGUUAUAUGGACUGUUGUUGUAUAUUAUAGUGUUGGAUUUGCCCCUUCNNNNGGAAGGUACAUCAAUUUUAUUGUAUCUUUCUGUUCAAAAUUUUCUUUUUUACCUUCUUAGUCAUGGAAUUUUGUUAAAUGUUUCAGGUUUUUUCGCUACAUGCUUUUACUUCUUGUAGUGCACCAAAUGGCAUUAGGUCUUUUCCGGAUGAUGGCUGCUAUUGCGCGAGAUAUGGUUCUUGCCAAUACAUUUGGCUCAGCUGCACUGCUGGUUAUAUUCUUGCUUGGAGGAUUUAUUAUACCUAAAGGAAUGAUUAAGCCGUGGUGGAUUUGGGGCUACUGGUUGUCACCCCUUACCUAUGGAAUACGUUCAAUUACAGUUAAUGAAUUUACUGCUUCCAGAUGGAUGAAGAAAUCAGCAGUAGGGGACAACACAAUUGGUUACAACAUCCUCCGUUCACACAGCCUACCAGUUGAUGAUUACUGGUAUUGGGCUGGUGUUGGAAUUUUAUUAGUCUAUGCAAUUUUUUUCAAUGCCAUGGUCACUGUGGCCUUGGCCUAUUUGGAUCCACUUCGAAAGGCACGAUCAAUUAUUGAUGAUGGCUCAGAAAAGAGUUCUACCGGAGAUGUUAGUAAUCAGGCCAGUGAAUUGAGUACCAAAUCCAGGUCUGCAAGAGAAAACAGCAAUGCGAAGGGAAUGAUUCUUCCAUUUGAACCGUUGACAAUGACAUUCCAUAAUGUCAAUUAUUAUGUUGAUAUGCCGAAGGCAAUAAAGAAACAAGGCAUAGUCGAAUCAAAGUUGCAACUCUUAUCAGAUGUUAGCGGAGUUUUCUCACCUGGUGUCCUUACAGCAUUAGUGGGGUCUAGUGGGGCUGGGAAGACCACACUAAUGGAUGUACUUGCUGGCAGGAAAACCGGAGGGUAUAUUGAAGGGGAUAUCAAAAUAUCUGGUUACCCAAAAGAGCAACGGACAUUUGCGAGAAUAUCAGGAUAUGUUGAACAAAAUGAUAUACAUUCUCCUCAAGUAACAAUUGAGGAAUCACUGUGGUUUUCUGCAUCUCUUCGCCUUCCAAAGGAAAUCAGUGUGGAUAAAAGACGUGAAUUUGUUGAACAAGUAAUGAAACUAGUUGAGCUUGAUUCUUUGAGACACGCUUUGGUUGGUAUGCCGGGUAGUUCUGGCUUAUCAACAGAGCAAAGAAAGAGAUUAACAAUUGCUGUGGAGCUUGUAGCAAACCCUUCCAUUAUUUUUAUGGACGAGCCUACAUCUGGACUUGAUGCACGUGCAGCAGCUAUCGUUAUGAGAACUGUUCGCAACACUGUUGAUACUGGAAGAACUGUGGUUUGCACCAUACAUCAACCAAGUAUUGAUAUUUUUGAAGCAUUUGAUGACUUACUUCUUAUGAAACGUGGGGGACGAGUCAUAUAUGGGGGAAAGCUUGGUGUGCAGUCACAAAUAUUGAUAGACUAUUUUCAGAGUAUCAAUGGAAUCUCCCCUAUUCCAAGUGGCUACAAUCCAGCUACCUGGGUGCUUGAGGUCUCUACUCCUGCUGUUGAAGAGAGAAUUAGUUCAGAUUUUGCAGAAAUUUACAAGAAUUCAGGGCAAUUCAGGGGGGUCGAAGCUUCUAUUUUGGAAUUUGAACAUCCUCCUGCAGGAUCAAAACCACUGAUGUUUGACACCCUGUAUUCACGAAACACAUUAUCCCAAUUUGGUUUGUGCUUAUGGAAACAAAAUCUUGUGUAUUGGAGAAGUCCACCAUACAAUGCCAUGAGGAUAUACUUCACUGCGAUCGCUGCUUUGAUAUUUGGCACUGUAUUUUGGGAUGUUGGUUCAAAAAGGGCAACAACUCAAGAGCUGCUUGUGGUUAUGGGAGCACUGUAUUCUGCAUGCUUGUUUCUUGGUGUAAACAACUCUUCUUCUGUACAGCCAAUUGUUUCAAUCGAAAGGACAGUAUUUUAUAGAGAGAAAGCAGAAGGAAUGUACUCUCCGUUGGCAUAUGCGGCAGCCCAGGGGCUUGUAGAGAUACCAUACAUUGCUCUUCAGACAAUAGUAUUUGGCCUAAUAACAUAUUUUAUGGUCAAUUUUGAGAAGACAGCCGGGAAGUUUUUUCUCUAUCUUGUGUUCAUGUUCCUAACGUUUACCUACUUCACCUUUUACGGAAUGAUGGCCGUUGGUCUUACUUCUUCACAACAUCUAGCUGCUGUUAUUUCUUCCGCAUUUUACUCCCUCUGGAAUCUUCUUUCUGGUUUUCUUAUCCCACAAGCAAAUAUUCCGGGAUGGUGGAUUUGGUUCUAUUAUAUCUGUCCUGUUCAAUGGACAUUGCGUGGUAUUAUCACAUCUCAGCUUGGUGAUGUACAAUCAAUAAUUGUGGGACCAGGAUUCGAGGGCACUGUAAAACAGUAUUUAUCUGCAACUCUUGGAUAUGAUCAGGAAGUCAACGGAUUUUCGUCCGUCGGUCUUUCAGUGAUUGUCCUUAUUGGAUUUAUUCUCCUCUUCUUUGGUAGCUUUGCUGUAUCGGUCAAAGUUUUGAAUUUCCAGAGGAGAUAAAUGCAUUACGUUCGGAAUAGAAGGAAGCUACUUUUUGACAUCAUAGGAGUAGUAGUUGAUUUAUGCAUUGGGUAUGGUUAUGGAUGCUACAAAAUUCAUGACGUGAGACCCAGCUGCUUUUUUGUUUUUGUUUUUUUUGUUUUCAUUUUAAUUAAAGCCAAAUAAAUAUGCAAUUUUGGGGGCUUUUUUUUCCUUGUUUUUUAUGCUCUUUUUGUUUUUAUGCUCGACAGUUGUGGUAUUUCAAUGGGUCAUAUUGUUUCACUCGUUUUGUUUUCA